CAAUCUGUCAACAUGCCGCCCACCACCCCUCCCCCUAUUUUUAAAAGGACCACCCUUCUUCUUGUUUCUUCUUCUUCUUCGACCUAACCCCUUUUCUCUCUCUCUCUCUCUCUUUCUACGGCCACCACAAAACUAAAUCUGAUCAUCAAGAUCUAAUCAUCAAUCAUGAACGGUGGUAGUAGUUUCAGCAAAGCAAGUAACCCUUUUGUUACCGAACAACAAUUAGAAGACAACGACAGCGACAACGUUUCAUCAGAAACCGGCGCCGAAUCUCCUCCUUCUACCACUUUCAACGACAUGAAACUUGCUUCUCCUAAAAAAGGUAAAAAAUCCGUACACAAAAGAGUGGUGUCAGUGCCAAUCAAGGACGUUGAAGGUUCCCGCCUUAAAGGUGAGACUGCUCCACCGUCCGAUUCUUGGGCUUGGCGAAAGUACGGCCAAAAACCCAUCAAGGGCUCUCCUUACCCCAGAGGCUAUUACCGGUGUAGUAGCUCAAAGGGAUGUCCAGCAAAGAAGCAAGUUGAGAGGAGCCAUGUGGACCCUACAACGUUAGUGAUCACGUACUCCUGCGACCACAAUCACCCUUGGCCGGCUUCUAGAAACAACACCUCCUCCGUUAAGCAAGCUUCGGCGGCGGCGGCAGCAUUUGCGGUGAAGCCCGAGCUAUCUACAUCUCACCCGGACACGGAACCGGAAUCACGAACCGAAGAGAGGUUCACGGAUCUGACGGACGACUCGAUUCUGACAACGGGGAAUGAAUUUGCUUGGUUCGGAGAGAUUGAUACAACGUCGAUGACGGUUUUGGAGAGCCCGAUAUUUGCGGAAAGGGACAGUAGUGUAGCUGACGUGGCGACGAUUUUCCCGAUGAGGGAAGAGGACGAGUCGUUAUUCGCCGAUCUGGGCGAGUUGCCCGAGUGCUCGUUUGUGUUUAGGCACCAACGGAAUGUGGGACCACAGGUGGAGAUCUUCUGACACGUGGCUAAUCAGCAAUUCGUAAGUGGCAGAGGAGUCGUUGGUUUCAACAUCGUGUGGUGCGUAUAGAGUGGCACAAGAUAUUAAAUUCCUAACGGAGAAAAAUGAAAGGGAAAACGAAAUUUUUAAUUAAAAAAAAUUUCUUACAUUACAUUCCCUUUUCACAGUUAAAUUUGCCUUGAUUUCGGUGUAGUAAAUGAAUAAAAUUCAGAAUUCCAAACUCUGCUGUUAUCUUGUUGUGGCUACUAACAUUUGCCGUUUGCUUAAGGGACUUGAUUGAAUAGAAACAAUUUUAACCAAACUCACAACAAUAUUUUCUGAUUCUCAAAUUUGACCUUAAUUUGAUGAAAAUGAUGUUAGUAGCCGUUUUAGACUUUUAUGUUAGGGUAAAUUCCACCUAAAUCUUUAAAUUUUAAAUAUUAUUUAACUCAUGUUUAUUAGUUUAAAAAGU